AUCACCUCCGCCUACUAACCCAGGUUUCCUCGGAACGGUGCCUGGGCUUGGCACUUCCCUUGUCAGAACAUCAAGCAAUACGUAGACAUUCUUGCUAUACUGAAGUCCGAACUUUGAAAUAACAAACUUACCUUGGACUCAGAACGCUUCCCAAUCGCUCUGAGCUCCUGAUCAAGAAAUGACCCCCAGCCUCACCUUCACAGCAAACCCCGUUUGCCCUCCAUAUUAACAGCACCUCCGCUCCCCGAUCUUCAUCCCAUCCUCCAACCCUCCAUGAAGCUCCCACAUCUCCUCCCUCUCUCCCUCGCCCUCCUCACCCUCGCCGACAACAAACCCCCUAAACCCCCCGCCCCCUGCACCAUCCGCUCCCACAGCACUGGCACCUUCUUCGACCUGAACCCGAUCGCUGUGCACCCCGUCAAGAAAGCGCUGUCGGGCGCGGAGUCACCGCACAGCUGGCGCGCGAAGGGGUACCACUACGCGGCGAACUUCUCGGUGAACUUCUGCGCGCCGGUGGUGGAGGAGGUGAAGGAUGUGGUGGGGGUGGAGAAGGGGCUGUGGGGGAAUGUGAGCGCGUUUUAUGAGAUGGGGGGAAAGGUGUAUUCGUUGGGGAACCAAAACACCGAACCCGUCAUCCAAGGCCGAAACCUCAUCCUCAACUACACCAACGGCUCCCCCUGCCCGUCUCCCCCCUCCAAACGUCAACUCCACAUACACACCCCCAACCGCCCCAAAGACAAAGACUCCGAAGACAAGGACAAGCACGACGAUGACGACGACGACGACGACGAUGACAAGAAACCCGACCAUAAAAAACCCAGUAAAGACAAAGACCAGCCCAUCCGCCGAAAAGCCGCCCUCAUCCACCUCCUCUGCGACCGCGACCCCCUCGCCCCCAAAGUCGCCCUCGCCUUCCUCGGCACCCUCGACGAAUGCACCUAUUCCUUCGCCGCACGCUCGAUGGCGGCGUGUGGGGGCGUGUUGACGCCGCAGCAGACGUUGAGUCCGGGCGGAGUAUUUGGCGUGAUUGCGCUGAUCGCGGUGUUGGUGUAUUUGGUGGGCGGGUGCGUGUAUCAGCGGUCGGUGCUACAUCAGCGGGGAUGGCGGCAGAUGCCGAACUAUUCGAUGUGGGCCGGAUGUUUGGGGUUUUUCGUGGAUAUCUUCGUCAUCGCCACCUCGUCCUGCGCGAGACUUCUCCCGAGGAAUCGCGGAUACAGUCGCGUGUCGUUGGGAAAUCAACAUCGCGGGCGGGGGACGAACUCGGAGGAUGAAAAUCGGUUGAUUGAUCAGCUAGAUGAAGAAUGGGAUGAUUGAUGGUUUGGGGAUUGUGCAUUAUAGGCGUUGGAAGGAGGUCAUGGUGGGUUUUGUAUCCAUCAGGCGGUUGGAUGUCUAGAUACAUCGGGUACAUAUGCAGCCG